UUUUGCGCCCUGUCAGUGCUGAUGAAAAUGCGAGUGUGUGCGUACGAGUCCCGCCGCGACGACAGCUGAUUCACCCGAUUGUUUACCGGAAGAAAAAUGAAAGACCGUUCGCAAUAGCGAUUACACCUUGCUGGUCGAAAAAAGAUACGCUGGAGAUUUGUUUCGAAGAUGGGAUGCUGCUAUAGUUUCUGCAAGGAGGACACCGGGCCACAGAGUGGAGAAGCAAACGAGAGGACGCACUUGCUGGUCGAUCCUGUCAGCAAUAAUACGAACAUACCAAGAGUACACAGCGAUGAUUACGUUAACCAAUAUGCGAGCUCCGUGCCUAAGAAAACAGACGAACAAAGUGCAUUAAAUCGAAUUUUACACGAAACCGCAGCCAACGUCAUAGACGUGGGCGCGUUGGACACGCAUAAUCUAGAGCAGCAUGAGUACAUGGACAGAUCUCGCGCAUAUAUGAAGAGGAUAGAAGCAGCCAGAAUCAAACUCCCCGACAGCACAUCUUGUCUACUGAAGGACGUACCUGCCCCGGAAAAAAUAUUGGCAGCCGAUCCGCUUACUCCUGGGGAUCAAGGACUGAUUACCGAAAUGCUCAACAAUGCUGUAACAGCGCUUACAGACAUAAAAGUCGAGCACAAGGAGGACCUGGUAGUUCCCUUCCUGUCGUGAUCGAUAAAUAUCUCCCACCGAUAAUCUCAUCUCAUUCGAUUGCAAAUUUAACGGUCGCGCGUCAUCGAGAAAUAUACGUGUAUAUCCAAAGUGUGGGAAUCGACCUGAGUCACGACUUCAACCUGGUUGUUAGGACGAAGGAUCGAUUAACGAUUGAAAUAUAGUGUAUUAUAAAGGGUGUUAAAAUACUGCUACCGCGUUUGCUUUCUACAUACUAAUGGCAUUACAGUUAUAUCGACUAUACAUAUAUCUCUCUAUCUAUCUUUCUCUCUCUUAUUUACUUUCGAGAUUUAGAGGUAAGGUGUGCGCCGUAGUGCACGUUAAUACCUAUGCGAAGGUUUUAUGUCAAAGAUUUAUUUGUUAAUCAUUCUAUUGAUAUAUAUACAUAUAUGAUAUUCCACUAAAAAUGAAAGAAUGCUAUUUUA